AUGUCAGGGUGGAGCAACGGCAGCUCCAAUGUGUCCUACACCAGCUUCCUCCUGGUGGGCUUCCCGGGGCUGCAGGAGUCCCGAGCCCUCCUGGUGCUGCCCUUCCUUAGCCUCUACCUGGUGAUCAUCUCCACCAAUGCCCUGGUCACCUACACGGUGGUGGCCCAGAGGAGCCUGCACCAGCCCAUGUACCUGCUCAUCGCCCUGCUCCUGGCUGUCAACAUCUGCACUGCCACCACUGUGGUACCUGCCAUGCUGUUCAACUUCUCCACCCACUUCAACCGCAUCUCCCUGCCUCGCUGUCUGGUCCAGAUGUUCUGCAUCUACUUCCUCAUUGCUUUUGACUGCAACAUCCUCCUGGUCAUGGCCCUGGACCGCUAUGUUGCCAUCUGCUGUCCUCUCCGCUACCCAGAAAUAGUGACAGGCCACUUGCUGGCUGGCCUGGUGGGGGUGGCAGCUGUCAGGAGCACUUGCAUUGUUGCUCCAGUGGUGGGGCUGGCCUCUCGGGUUAGCUUCUGCCGCUCGAACAUCAUCCAUCAUUUUGCUUGUGAGCACAUGGCCUUGAUGAAGCUGUCCUGUGGGGACAUCUCCCUAAACAAGACUGUGGGGCUCACUCUCCGCGUCUUCAACAGAGUCCUAGACAUGCUGCUACUUGGAACCUCCUACUCCCGCAUUAUCCAUGCUGCCUUCUGGAUUUCAUCAGCUGGGGCCCGCUCAAAGGCCCUCAACACCUGUGGCUCCCACCUACUGGUCAUCUUCACUGUGUUUUCCUCCACCAUGUCCUCAUCUGUCGUCUACCGUGUGGCCCACACCGCUUCCCAGGAUGUGCACAACCUGCUCAGUGCCUUCUACCUGCUGCUCCCAUGCCUGGUCAACCCCGUCAUCUAUGGGGCCAGGACCAAGGAAAUCAGGCAGCACCUGGCAAGGUUGUUCUUGAGGGCAAGGCCAUGA